AUGAGCGCAAUACUUUCAGCAGACGAUCUAAACGACUUUAUAUCACCUGGAGUCGCAUGCAUAAAGCCAGUUGAAAAUGUCAGCACAACGGCUGAUCCCUCUGCAGAUGAAGGCCAAGUUGAGAUUCAAAUAGACUCACAGGGCAACCCUUUGGAGAUCUCACAAAUAGAUGGCAAGCAGACGGCGUUGAAUCCGGCUCAGAUUUCAUUAGCUGAUUGUCUUGCAUGUUCCGGGUGUAUAACUUCGGCCGAGGAGGUGUUGGUGGCGCAGCACUCUCAUCAAGAGCUUUUGAAAGCGUUGGAGUCGCCAGACUCUAGAGGUAAGAUUUUCGUUGCUAGCAUAUCUCAGCAACUGCGAGCUUCGCUUGCAACAGCUUACAAUGUGGGCGUGGAGGAUAUGGACAAAUCACUUGUAAAUCUUUUGGUUUUUCAAAUGGGGUUUAAGUAUGUGGUGGGAACGUCAUUGGGAAGAAAACUUUCCCUUCUCAACGAAUCACAGAACACGAUCCUGAAAAAGAUAAAGGAGCAGAAUGAAGCUGGAGAGCAGGUGAAACACCCGGUGUUGUCAUCUGUAUGUCCUGGAUGGGUGCUAUAUGCGGAAAAGACGCACCCCUAUGUGCUACCGAUGAUAUCCACCGUUAAAUCAGCGCAACAAAUCACGGGAUGUCUCGUCAAGACCCUCACAGCGCAGGCCAAUAACGUUGCCACAUCGCAAGUCUACCAUUUAUCGAUCAUGCCCUGUUUUGAUAAGAAGUUGGAAAGCGCCAGGCCUGAGUUGUUUGGAGACUCGACUCCCGAUGUCGACUGUGUGUUGACUGCAAAAGAAUUGGUCACUUUGAUCGAUGAGUCGCAAGGGAAAUACCAAUUAGUCCCUACUAAACAAAGCUCUCAUUUGGUGGAACCAGCAAUAAUGCAUCUGAGCAUUGACAAAGUCUAUCAGCAGUUUGCGCCACCCAGUUGGCCCUUUGUGCAGUAUUCAUGGUCGAAUGACCCUGGCUCGUCAUCGGGUGGGUAUGCAUACACCUAUCUCCGUUUAGUGCAAGACACUCUCGUGAAGCGAGGUCACAACCGGCAAGACUUUGCAAUGAAGGUGAUUCAAGGCAAGAACUCGGAUGUUUAUGAAAUGCGGUUGCUUUAUCGAGAGGAAAAAAUCGCCAGUUCUGCCAUUGUCAAUGGGUUUAGAAAUAUCCAGAAUCUAGUGCGGAAAUUGAAACCGGGGAACAGCACUACAGGCGCGGGCCCAGCAACCAAAGUUAACCCACUCGCAGCUCGUCGAAGGGCAAGAGUGGCUGCUGCUAGAUCAGAGCUGCCAAAAGCUGCCGAUGAAGUAGCCGAUCCUUCGAAAGUUGACUAUGUCGAAAUCAUGGCAUGUCCUCAAGGUUGCAUCAAUGGCGGAGGUCAAAUUUCGUCCCCCAAUACCGAGACGACACCUGAGAAAGACUGGGUCAGCGAAGUGUUGUCAAAGUACAAUAGCGUGCCCAUGUUUGACUUGACUUUGAACCCUCAAGACUUGAUAAAGUUUACCCAGUGGAGUCAAGAGUUUGAGCUGGAGUUUAGCGUCAGUGACGAGAGAUUAUUUAGAACGCAUUUUAAUGAAGUGGAAAAGCCUAGUGAUCCUACAGCCAUCAUGGUUGGAUCGAAAUGGUGA